AUGACGACGAGACCACCCCCUAUCCUCCUCCUCGACGGUGGUCUGGGCACCACGCUUGGUGACCCUCCCCACAACAUCACCUUCACGGCCGAAACGCCGCUCUGGUCCGCUCACCUGCUGAUUUCCUCGCCCUCCACCCUCGAAGAAGUCCACCGAGCCUUUGCGACAGUCGGCGCCGACAUCGUCCUAACCGCGACGUAUCAGACGAGCUUUGAGGGAUUCACGCUCACGGACUCUCGUUACACGCGCGAGGAUGCAGCGCGCUAUAUGCGCUCAGCGAUUCCGCUUGCGCGACGCGCGGGAUCGGCGUCGGGGAGGCCAGUGAAGGUCGCACUGUCGUUGGGCCCCUACGAAUCGAAGCUGCGCGAGUGGCAUGCUCGGCGACUGAGCGUGUUCGUGGACGAGACGGGCACGUGGGACAACUUCGAAUACAUUGCGUUUGAGACCGUCAAGAGGGCAGAUGAAGUGAGAGCCAUCCGUGGGGCCAUGUCGGAUGUGCUGGCAGACAUGUACCAAGGUCAGGGGCCCGAUCCGGAGAAGAGCCAAUUGGCGGUGGGAAAGAAGAAGCCCUGGUGGGUUUGUGGAGUCUUUCCAGAGGAGGAGGUCGAUGAGGAGGAUGUGCGCGCGUGGGUACGUGCAGCUGUGGGCACACAGGAGGGCGAGACGGGCGUCAAUCUCCCCCGGCCGUGGGGCAUCGGAGUCAAUUGCACCCGCAUUGGGAAUGUUGGGCGGAUCGUCGCGAUCAUGCAGGAUGAGCUGCGUAACUUGCACGAACUGGGAACAAAGGGCUACGUCGACGAGUGGGACAGCGUGACCGGAAGACCCUGGCUGGUGUUGUAUCCCGAUGGCACCAAUGGGGAGAAGUACGACCCUGUCACGAAGACGUGGGUCGCAACGGACACGGGGAAAGAAACACGGCCGUGGGACGAGAUCUAUUGGGAUGUGGUACGGGGAGUGCCUGAGGGUGCGUGGGAGGGUGUGGUAAUGGGGGGAUGUUGUCGGGCUGGGCCCGAGCAGAUCGCUACACUGCGCAGGAGGAUUGAUGAACGGUCCAAUGCUCAAGGCGCCUAG